AUGACGUCGGCCACCCUGGAAUCUGAAGCUGCCUUUUCAGAGCGUGCAGCAGCAAUUGGGCUGGACCAGGCCACCAUCACAGCACUCGGAACCGCAGGUUUUGCAACGUUUGGGACGUAUGCGUUUGCUACUGCCUAUACGCCGCAGAGUGCAGAUGAGGCGCCUUUCAAGAGUUUCCUGGAGCGAGCAAUCGGUCGGGAGCCAAGUGAUUCGGAAUUUGCUAUGCUGCGCAGGUUGUUCUUUGAAUCGCACACCUUGGCUUUAUCUGAUUUGCGGACGAGGGUGGAAUCGACAACCGACCCUGGUACAUCGACAAGGAAGUUGCCCACUGCGGAGAGGGUGGCGCGGCAGGCCAAUCAGCAAACCAGGUUGUUGGGGGUGAUUUUUGAUCCAGAUACAACCCCGGCCAACCAAUUGGUUGAUUACUAUGUCGAGAUGCUCGAGACGGGCGUGCUCUCUUAUAUCAAGCCAGAGCAGUGUUGCAGUCGGGCUCACGAGGUCGCUUUGGUUAGGAAGGAUACUUCUAUUUCCACUGACGCCAAUGGUAUGUUGAAGAUAAGUUCCAAGAGCCCCGAGGCCUCUUGUGAGGCCAACGCGGAACUGAAGCUUCGGGCCGCUUGGCAGCGGAGAAGCUUAGCCAUGGAUCUAGCAGAGAUUGCCAGUUUUACCACGGUGGAGACUUGGGUUCAGUAUUUAUUUGCGCAGCUCAGCAAAGAUCAGCCCAGGGGUUUUUCGAAGAUCACGCUGCAGCAGGUGCUUGAUUGCGACAGACAGCUUUUCGUUCUAGCAUCGCAUCGGACCAUGGGAAAAUUGAGGACGCUUGUGCCCGGUGACCCCAAACCUUUGGACACUGCGAUUGACAGCCUCAAGAGUUCCACGGAAGUCCUGCAGUAUCUGACUCCACUACCGGCACUGCGAGCUCCGCCCACGCCAGUCCCGGGCCAGGAGCGGCCAGCCAAGAUGCAGAAGGUCAACCCAACGCCGAAGCAAGGUAACAAACCCAAGGCUUCGGGUGCUGCAUCUAGCAAGUUCCAGCUGCCGGAGGGGUGUGUCAGCCACGACGAAGAGAACAGACCGUUGUGUUUCCUAUGGCAGCAAGGCAAAUGCAAAUUCAAAGGGCCACCGGGGAAGCGAUGCGCGCGCGGGUUCCACAAGUGUUACAAGGCCGGAUGUUUCCGCCUGAAGCCAUAUCAUUUGUGUACCCACGCUGACUGA